AUGUUGACUGAGGUAGACUCGACACGGGCCUUUCGGUAUCAAUGGUACUUCUGGCGCUGCAUUGGCCUCCAUCCGCCAGCUGGGGAUUCGUUUUGGGCACGCCACUACAGGGCCUGGAGCAUUGUGGUCAAUGUGCUGCCCAUGAUCUGUGUGCCGUUGUCGUUCUAUAUGGAAUGCCUGCACAGUCGCUCGCUGACUGCAUUCUGCGAGGCUUUCUACCUGGCCGCCAUCACCUUCGUGCAGCAGAUGAAGAUGAUCAAUGUGAUUCGGGUGCGUGGCCAUUUGCUGGAGCUGCAUGGCAUCAUGCGGCAGCUGGAUGGCCGUCUGCAGUCGACGCCGGAACGUCAAGCCAUACGCGAUAAGAUCGACGAGUCGGAAAAGAUCUGUCUCCAUGUAUUGCGACUGUUCCUGUUGGUCGUUCUCAGUGGCUGUUGCUUUGCGGCCUGGUCAGCCGAACGUGAGUUGCCGUUCGUCUCCUGGACGCCGUGGGACUAUCAGAAAUCCCAGGGCAUCUACGCACUGACAUUCGCAGUCCAAAGUGUGGCCAUACUUAUCUUGGCAUUAAUUUCCGCCAGCAGCGAUACGUAUCCGCUGGUCUAUCUCAUCAUGGUCGCUGCACACUGCAAGGCGCUGGCCCUGCGCAUCGCCAAGCUGGGCCACAAUGCUCUCAGCCAGGAGCAGACGCACCAGCAGCUGCUUGCAUGCAUCCAGGAUCAUCAGACCAUACUGCAAUUGUUGAAUAUCUUGAACACCUCCAUGUCGAGUGCCUGCGUCAUUCAGUUCGUCUGCACGGCCAUCUCUCUCUGCACGCUCUCGUUCAUCGUGAUCUACAUUGAGAUGAGCUUCUUGCGGCUGUUCCAUGCGUCCUCCUUGCUGACGAGCAUCACUAUUGAGACGCUGGUCAUCUGCUAUGCCUCCGAGCAAGUCACCCACGAGGGCGAACAGAUGGCAAAUGCGAUCUAUGACACCAACUGGAUCGAUCAGCCGGUCCGUUUCCGGCGUACCCUGGUGAUCAUGCUAAUGCGCUCGCAGCGCCCCAUUUGCAUUGUGGCUGGCAAUAUUUUGCCGGUGCGCAUGACAACGCUGCUUUCGGUUAUCAAGGGAGCGUAUACCAUGUUCACGCUGUUAAACGAAGCCAAAUCGAGGAACUAA